CUUUGGAAUUGGAACUCCAUGUUUACUGAGAAUUGGUGUUCCAGUGAGAGAGUCUUUGUUUUCAAUCGUAUAGACUUUGCUUUCUUCCCCACCACAGUCACAGAUGCUGAUUCUCACCGAUGUAAAGAAGCCGGCUCCGGCGACGACGGCGGUGGCGGCGGCGGUGGCGAUCAUUUUUAUCGCUUCAAUUCCGCUGGCUUGGUCAAAGGAGCUACUCGGCCCGAGGGAAUGUGAGGAUCUAGGCUUCACAGGCCUUGCUCUCUGCUCUGAUUGCAACACUUUAGCUGAAUAUAUCAAAGAUCAAGAACUAAUAUCAGACUGUUUGAAGUGUUGCGCGGAGGAUUCUGAUGAUGCCACGAGCAAGAUAACUUAUUCUGGUGCUGUACUGGAGGUCUGCAUGAGGAAACUAGUUUUCUAUCCUGAAAUUGUUGGCUUCAUUGAAGAUGAAAAGGAUCAAUUCCCUACUGUUAAGGUUCAAUAUAUCUUCAACUCUCCACCGAAGCUGGUCUUGCUGGAUGAUGAGGGUCAACAGAAAGAAAGCAUCAGGAUUGACAAUUGGAAACGUGAACAUAUAUUGCAGUUUCUGCAAGAGAAGGUUAAGCGUUCUUCAGCAAUUUAAGGUUUUUCUCUCUUUUUUUUUUUUCCCUUUCUCUGUAGAAAACUUGAUGCAGAAGUCGAAUGAAACAAUUAUCAACCAAAAACUUAAAAGGCAAACAUUAAUUUUGUUCAAUUUCAAGGAUAGUUGGAAAGAUAACUCAUUUAUUUGUCUCGA